UUUCUUCUUCCGGGUCAAAGCACUGUUUCGAAGUUGAACAACCAUAAUAGAAAUCCGGGUGCUCGAUUUGAAUGUUCACGAAUGAAAGAGGAAAGCUAUUAUUGCUAUUUUAAUUUGUAUUAACUGUAGCUGGUUACUAUUAGUGCCAAAUGGCUGGUUUACCACCCGGUGACCCGCAGUUGGUCUCUAUGAUCGUCAAUCAUUUAAAAACCCAGGGUCUUUUUGACCAGUUUAGGAGGGACUGCCUGGCAGACGUGGAUACAAAGCCCGCUUACCUGAAUCUGAAACAAAGAGUUGACAACUUUGUCUCCAAUCACCUCUCAAACCACACAUGGAGUCCUCAUUUGAACAAGAACCAGCUCAGGAACAACAUAAGACAGUUGGUGCUACAGUCUGGUAUGCUGGAACAGGGAGUUGACCGGAUUGUGGCCCAGGUGGUCGAUCCUAAGAUCAACCACACCUUCAGGCCGCAGGUGGAGCGAGUGGUCCGGGAAUUCCUGUCACCUGGCAGCUAUAGCGAAGAGCCUCCCCUCCCAGUCUCCUCUGCUGACGUUAAACCUGAAAGCAGUGCUCUGGAGCAAGUCCCGUCAGCCGCCCCGCCCACCACCACGACGGCGAGCGACGCCAUGUCCAUCCUGGACACCAUCACCUCCCUGAACCAGGGUGCCAGCUCCUGGGCCGGCCCCAGCGGGGAGAAGGGCCGCAAGGGCCCCACCUCAGAGGAGCCCAUGCAGGGGGAGAAGGGGGACCAUGACAUGGUCAUAGCAGAAGGGGGUGACCACAGCCAAGAUGGACAGACCGCGGACGUGGCAGAGGAAGCUCAACUGGCGCUAGAGAUCCAAGCGGUUGACAUCAAGACGGAGGAGUCUCAGGAGUCCAGCAAGGAGGAGGGAGAGGCGGGGGAGGUGAAGACGAAAGAGGAGGAGACGGACGGGGAGGAGGGGGAGAAGGCAGGAGGCCAGGAGCAGGCCGACGAGGAGAAGGACAAGGCAGGCGGCCGGACCGGGAAGGCCUCCGCGGAGAAGCAGCAGGAGGACGACGACGUGUUGAAAUCCCCCAAUCAGAUACGGCAGAAGGCGAGGGAGAGGCUGAAGGAAGAGUAUUCCCUGGAGGACUCUGACCUGGAGGGCCUGAGUGACAUCACCGUGAGCUCGGUGCACACCAGCGACCUGUCCUCCUUCGAGGAAGACAGCGACGAAGAGCAGCCGCUGUCCUCGUCCUCCUCCGAGGGCCAGCUCCCGUCUGAUGGUGAAGGAGGACUGGAUAAGGAAGCGAGCGCAGACAAAGAGGACGACGACAAGGAGCAGAAGCCCAGACGCAAGGCCUACGUCCACAAGCCCUUCCUGUACUCCCGUUACUAUAGCGACUCGGACGACGAGGUCACCGUGGAGGAGCGGCGCAGAUGUGCAGCCAAGGACAAGGAGGACAGACUGCUCAAGAGACAACAGAACCGGGAGCGCAUGGAGGAGAGGCGCAAGCAGAAAGCAGCGCAGGCCGAGCUGCAAGCCCGGAGGAGGCAGCAGCGCAGCGAUUCUCCCAGCGCCGAGGAACCCCAGGCCAAGCAGGCGCGCAAAGAGCGGAAAGUUCUGGAAAAGAAGAUGGCCCUUAAUAGGAAGAGGAAACUCGACUCACGGAAAGAGGGCGACACCUCAAGCAGGAAGAAAUCGGACUCCGUUGGCGAAGGCUCAAAGAGAGAAUCAAAAUCGGGAGUGCUGAAGCCCCUGCAGCCAAAGUCCAUCAGAAAAGAAUCGCAGUCGUUGGACGAGAGAAGCAGAAGGCACAGCGGGAGCGUUUCCGAGGACUCCAGCGAACCCAAAAAGAGCUCUGAGAAGAGCCGCACGCACUCCUUCAUCCUGGAGCUGGAGCAGGGCUCCCAGGAUGCCCUCAAGCACCGCCCUGCCGGGAAAUUCGACCGGCAUUCCCGCAAAGACUCUGUUUCUAAAGAGCGCAAGGAGAAGGAUCGUAGCGUGUCGGACGAGCGCGCGAAACCCAAACCGAAGCCCGAGAAAAGUCGAGCAGAGGCCCAAACGGGAGAGGCGUCGCACAAGGAGGCUCCUGCCGCCAAAACGACCGUUUCUGAGGAGAAAGGGGAGAAAAAGGCAAAGGUCAAAGGUGAGAAGAAGACGCCGGGAGCGGCGAGGGAAGGGAGAGGGUCCGUGUUGGAAGGUGCGACGGACGAGGGGACGUCUAAAGACCCCGCGUCCUCCAAGAAAGGGAAGGCGGCCUCCAUGGACUCCCCCAGACCGGAGAAGGAGAAAGAGGGAGAGAAGGAGAAGGAGAAGGGGAGGGAGAAGGUCAGAGAAAAGGAGAAGCCAAAAGGAGAGAAGAAUUCCACUAAGAGUGAAAGCCCCAAGGUGUCGCUGACUCCGGACACGUCUAGCGCCUCCCGGGCGGAGCGCGGGGAGGUGGAAGUGGACGGCGCCAAGAGGAAGGAGAAGCCUCCCAAGGAGCUCCUGCGACGCACCAAGAGCUGCUCCGGGGACCGGCCGGCGGAGAAGCCCAAGGGGAAGACGGAGGGGCGAGACGGCGAGAGGGAGAAGACCGCCAAGUUCGACGCCGAGGCUCCGAAGGCGAGCAACAAGUCGAGCUCCGAGGCGGACAAGGACCCCCGGAGGUCCAAGCUCACGGAGAAGGGGAAAGUCCCGGAGAAGACGUCCAAGUCGAAGGUCAGGGAGGAUGUGAAGAGUCCGUCGUCGUCGUCGUCGUCCAAGAGUGAGAAGAAGGCUCCGGCCGCCGAGGUCAAAGGUAAAGCGGUCCCGCCGCUCGGCAAACACGACGCCGCCGCCAAGGAAAAGGGGAAGGACGGGAGCGCCAGGGAAAACCGCCACGCCCCGGAAGAGCCUCUCCAGGAGAAACCCGAGGAAACCCGCAGGGCUGCCAAGAGGAAGGCCGAGAAGGGCGACAAGAUCCCGGAGAGAAAGGACAACGACGGGCCCGAGGCGAAGAAGAAGACGACGAAGGGUCACCAGGGCAACGACAAGGGUCACCAGGGCGACGACAAGGGACAACAGGGCGACGACAAGGGUCACCAGGGCGACGACAAGGGUCACAAGGGCGACGGCAAGCUUGACAAGGCGGCGGCGUCCUCGCUUCCCUCUCCGGUGGUCGAGGCGGACGAAACGCCAGCCGAGAAACCGGCGCUCCCCCGGGACGCCAGCACCGCCCUCGGUCCCGCCGUUGCCACGGUGACCCCCAGCACGACCACCCCCAGCACCCCCGCCCCCGCCACCACCACCGUCCCCACCACCACCACCACCACCACGGUCCCCACCACCUCCUCCCCGUCCGACGACACGUACGACGACGCCCUCAGCGACAUCACGCCCGAGCCCGGCGAGGGAGAGACGGAGGCGCGGCUCAGAGACCUGGAGGGUCUGCCGGCGGCGGCGCCCAGCGCGGCGGCGGACCCCCUGCUGACCCUGGUGGACAUCUGCACGUCGGCGGACGCCCUGGUCACACGGGACCCCCCCUCCCAGGCGCCGGUGGCGGCGGACGCAGAGGACGCCGAGAUCAAGAUGAUGACGGAGGCCGCGCUGACCCUCCUGUCCAUGGACCCGGAGAGCAUCAUGUCCGCCGGGGCCCCCUUCGCCCCCCCCCCUCCCCCUGCAGACACCGCGGAGGGGCUGGUGCCUCGGGGGGACGCUCCCGCUGCUGGCGACGCCGGGGACGCCGGGAAGGGGGUGGCCGCUGAUGCACCCCCUGUGGCGGGGGUCGAACCCGCGACUGAAAGUGCGGAAGAGCCGUCCCCGGUCUCCCCGGACCGGGUCGCUGAGCCUGAGGACAGGAAGGACCAAAGGACAGAUGCGUCUGAUAGGUCAGAGAAAGAACCAAUGGUCUCCAGGGAGCGGACGGCGCCUUCACCUGUUCCAGAGGUUGAUCAAAUUAAGUCCGACAAGACUUCAAAUCUCAGAGAUCCAGAGAUGGAAGCAGAACCAGAAACGCCCUCUGUCGACCUGUUGUCACCGGAAAUGGGAAUUAACACUGCAGGCGAAGCUGGGUCCGAACACCUUGAGACCAAGGUGAAGGCAGAAACGCCCGCCAACUCCCGGGUGAUCAGCUCUGAACCUCUCCCAACCAAUGUGUCGGAAGAGUCUGAAAGCUCCAGCCAACCUGGGGAACCCAAGCCAGAGGUGGUGGGUGCCGAGAUGAGCGCGAAGGAAGAGGAGAUGGAGGUUGGGGAAAUUGUGGACGUUGACAACGUUGCCGUUCAACCAGUUCCGGAGGGAGAGGGGGUCACAAAAGAUUCACAAAAUACGCUGUGUGAUGUUCCGGCCCCGACGCUGGAGGUUGAAGGGACCAAGCAUCAACAUGAAUCCAAGACUGCGGAAGAUACCGCCUCUGACUUGGAUAAGCAGCAGGAGGUGGAGAGGACCACGGACCUGUCCCAGAAGGAAGAUAAAACGGAGGGGAGACUGACCCGCAAGCGGAGGCUUUCAAUGCAGAAAUCCUCCUGCAGCAAGGACUCUGAUUCAGCUGAGAAGGAGGAAAAGGACGGCCAAGAGCAACCGUCUGUCGAGGAAACCGAAGAGGUCAAGGCCCCGGAGGCCAGAGCUCCCCGCCGAGGACGUUCGUCCAGAGCUGGACCCGAGGGGGCGGAGGGGGCGGAGGAGGGAGAGGAGGAGGAGGUGAAGGAGGAGGAGGUGAAGGAGGAGGAGGAGACGCCCCCCAAGGAGGCGGAGAAGAAGGCAGAGACUCCCACCCGCAGGGGGCGCCGUCCAGCGAACCAGGCCCAAGACACCAUCGCCUCCACCUCUACCACCACCAUCACCACCACCACCAUUGUUCAGGAGAAAGAUGAGAAGAAAGAUGAGGAGAAAGAAGAAACCCCAUUGGAGCAAAAAGAGUCCGAGGCCCGCGGUGUCAUUGAUGCAGUGGAGCCGUCCCAUUCUGGGCUUACCUCCCAAACUGGUGAGCCCUCAAAAACAGAAGGUUGUGAAGAGACACAGAAAUCUGCAGAAGAGACCAGCGAGGAGCAAGAGGAGAAACAACACAGCCCAGACGACGGCGACCAAUCAGAAGACCUGGAGGAAGGAAAACAGGAAGGCUCCAGUGAUAACAAGACAGAUGUGGAGGAGGAACAGCCCCGGUCGGAGCAGGAGACCACUCCCAAGAAGCCCGCUCGGAGGGGCCGGCCUCCCAAAGCAGCAGCCGCUGCCGCUGCCGCUGCCGCCGCCGCCGCUGCCGCCGCCGUAGCCGCCAACACAGACUCAGCCGACAAAUUGGAAGAGAAGGCAGACGAGAGCGGGCUGAACACGGAGGAAGAUGAGGAUGAGGAGGAAGGGGAUCACAAGAGCCGAACUACGCGCUCAGCUUCUCGCAUGGAGGCCGAGAAAAACAAGCCCAGUAAACCGUCGACCCGCGCCAGCCGGCACAGCGGCGGGAAGGAGGAGGCCCCGGGCAGCACGCCGCGCGGAACGCGGGGCCAGGCCGCCGGAGCCAAGGGGGCUCGUAAACGCGAGGCCAGCCCCCCUGCGGUGCGCACCCGGGGGGCAGCACCCAAGCCAGAGGAGACCCCCUCCAAGAGAUCCAAGCGCUGAGAAUAGACCACUGCACUGCAUUUUUUUUUUUAACCUUUAUAUUUUUAGUCGUACUUUGUGGGGCGUUUUGUCCUUUUUUUUAUUAUUCGCUAUGCUAUUAUUGUAAAUAUUAUUUCACAUCCGUGUCAAACUCACACCCUUCGAGAACCAAAUGGACACCUGUUAUAUUUUGCGGAUCUUAUACUGGCAUUCUGCACACAAGGCAGUGAGCCGAGGGUUGUGGCGAAGGGUAUUGAAGCUCUCUGGUUAGUAUUAUACCUUCCCUGUGAUGGUUGGGGGGGGGGGGGUGGCUUUGAGCAGGAAUCCUUCUGAAUGCCUUCGGCAGCCGUACAACCCAUAUGGCUUCGAUCAGGCGUCAUCAUUUCAUCAUUUAUUCAGUAAUGCCCUGCGAAGGAGAGUAUUUUUGACCAAUCAAGGGCCUUACUUGUAAUUGGGUCCGAUUUUCAGGCAUGGGUGUGAAAGUGUCACUUUGGUUAGCUUUGAGACCUGCUCAAAUGUUUAGUUUAUUUGAUGCAAGUCGAUACUUUUUCAUUGUUGUGGACAUCAAAUAAUAAUUAUUCAUUCUGUGAAUGUAACGGAGACAUUUUUCUCCAAUUUUUAUCAUGUUUUAUUUUUAAUGUUCUCAGUAUGAAUUCUCGUUUGAAUAGCAAAACAGUAUUUGCCAACUAUAUGUGAACACGUUCAGCUUCUUAGCCUACACUCUGGUUCUAUGUGAUUAAAGUACAUUUUUUUAACAGA